GUUACCCGUCACCUACUUCAACCUCUCGUCACAUUCUCUCCCCAAAUUCUUUUCUGCCACCCUCAAGCGCAACUCUUACCAUAUCGUAAAUCCUCUAGUCUUGGACUCAAUUCCCGAAUACUGCCCCUCCGACUAGCUCGACGACAGCUCUAAAACAAUCAUGAGCACUCUCCGGCCUCUGCGGGGCGGCUGUCAAUGUGGCCGAAAUCGUUACAUCAUCGCCGUUCCUCAGGAGGGCAUCAGCGAAGCUCAGGUCCUGUUCAAUACUGAGCCUGUCCACCAAAUUCCACUUGCAACCCCACUAGCCGCCUACAUCCGAGUGCCUCUAUCUUGGUACCACAGCACCACCUAUGCCUUUUUCCCAGACGAGACGCACACCUUGAUCCGAAGGGUAUACACCCAUCCCAGCCAGGAACACUCGAAACGGCACUUCUGCGGCUACUGCGGUACCCCCUUGUCGUACUGGUCCGAAGACCCGCGAAGCGAAGCCGACUACAUCAACCUCACGCUUGGUAGCUUGCUGAGAGAGGAUCUUCGAGACCUUGAGGACAUGGGGUUGAUUCCAGAGGAGAGCGAACAGCAGAGAACUGCAUCGGAGCAGACGGCCGAGAGAGUGGGCAGAAGCACAGCUCUACGCCAGUCGUAUGGAGUUCCGUGGUUCGACGGCAUGGUCGAAGGAACCCGGCUGGGCAGCAUGCGGCGUAGCCAAGGCGUCAGACAGUCUCAGAACGGCCGUGUCAGGGUUGAGUGGGAGAUUGUAGAAUUCUCAGGGAGCAGCGAAGGAGAAGAAGCGGGAGGGUCGGCGGGCCAGGCCGGAAAGACGGGUGAGGAAGACGUUGAGAUGGAGCUAUCACACCCCGGGAAGCGGAAGCUGAAGGAUAGAGACGACUCAGAAGCCACUUCAUAGGGAAGGUGAGAUCUGAUAUUCGGUUGGCACAAGUGCAGAGACUGGAUGUAAUGGUUGGAGUCUGGAAGCUGAUGACUUAUUAAGCAAUGUUUGCUCAGAGAUGCGUAUUAGUGAUACUUUCAAGCAAUCGACAGCGUGUUUAGAGUUCGACAAACACCUUCGUCUUUG